UUGAUUUCAUCCUCCAUAAUGCAUAAAGUGUAAAGAAGGAAGACAGAGAGAGGGUCCAUUACGGGGGCUUUCGGCUUCCGCCGUCGAAUUCUAAGAGAUAAUCCGUGGCUUUGCGUCCGUGCGAGACGGCCCGGGGUUUUUAUCGUUUUUCCUGAAACGUGGACACAAUAAAUAUACAUUGAUAAAGCAGAGGUGCGGGGCGUGAUACUCUCCCUUGGUGGUGGUGGUGGUGGUGGUGGUGGUGGUGGUGGUGCGAUAACAGCAGCAAUAAUAUCACCUAAGUACCGAACCAUCCGCCCAGCAUGAUCAUCGAGGAGGCUGCGGCCGCGGCCACGGUGGAGGACCAGGAGAUCAUAUCGUGGUUCGAAGGGGUGGCCGAGAAUGCCGGGUUGGUCCAGACGCAGACGCUCCGCCGCAUCAUCGAGCUCAACCACGGCACCGAGUACCUCCAGAAGUGGCUCGGCGGCGACCUCCGGGUUCAAGACCUUGAACCAGGCGCGCUGGAGUCCCUCUUCAUCUCCUCCGUUCCUCUCGCCUGCCACGCCGACCACGAGCCCUACAUCCAGAGGAUCGCCGACGGGGAUACCUCUCCAAUCCUCACCCAGGAGCCCGUCACCACGCUCUCCCUCAGUUCAGGAACCACGGAUGGGAGGCCCAAGUAUGUGCCCUUCACGCGCUUCAGCUCUCAGUCGACUCUUCAAAUCUUUAGGUUGGGAGCUGCCUACAGAUCAAAGGUGUUUCCAAUAAGGGCUGGAGGAAGGAUUUUGGAGUUCAUCUACAGCAGCAAGCAGUUCAAGACCAAGGGAGGCCUCGCGGCGGGCACAGCCACCACCCACUACUUCGCAAGCGAGGAGUUCAAGACCAAGCAAAAGAGCACCAAGUGCUUCACCUGCAGUCCCUACGAGGUGAUCGCGGGGGCAGACUACAAGCAGUCCACCUACUGCCACCUCCUCCUCGGCCUCGCCUUCUGCGACCAGGUCGAGUUCGCCACGUCCACCUUCGCCUACAGCAUCGUCCAGGCCUUCGCGUCUUUUGAGGAGCUGUGGGAGGAGCUCUGCGGCGACCUCAGGGGAGGGACCCUCAGCCCCAGGAUCACCUCGCCGGAGAUGAGGAGGGCCGUGAUGGACUGCCUCUCCCCCAACCCUUCUCUGGCUUCCAAGGUCGAGAAGAAGUGCAGAGAGCUGGAGGGCUCGGACUGGGGCAGCCUGAUACCCAAGCUGUGGCCCAAUGCCAAGUACAUCUACUCCAUCAUGACCGGGUCGAUGCAACCUUACCUGAAGAAGUUGAGGCACUAUGCCGGGUACUUGCCAUUGGUUUGUGCGGAUUAUGGAUCCACCGAGAGCUGGAUUGGGGUAAACUUGGAACCGUAUGAUCCCCCUGAGAGAGUGACUUUCACGGUAAUCCCCACCUUCUCUUAUUUCGAGUUCAUCCCUCUCUACACGCGGAACAAGCAGGACAACAGCAAUUUGGUGGUAACUGAUGACUUUGUGGAGGGUGAGCCAUUGCCGCUGUCCCAAGUCAAGGUUGGGCAGCAGUAUGAGAUUGCCCUCACCACUUUCACAGGCCUCUACAGGUACAGGCUCGGAGACGUGGUGGAGGUGGCGGGAUUUUACAAAGGAGCCCCCAAGUUAACCUUUAUUUGCAGGCGGAAGCUAAUACUGACCGUGAACAUCGACAAGAGCACAGAGAGGGACCUCCAGAUAGCGGUGGAGAAAGGGUCCGGGCUCCUGAGCCAGACCAGAGCCGAGGUGGUCGACUUCACCAGCCAUGCGGACCUUGCGGCGCAUCCAGGCCACUACGUGAUCUACUGGGAGAUCAAGGGCGAGGCCGCGGACGGCGUCCUCGAAGCGUGCUGCCGGGAGAUGGAUGCGGCCUUCGCGGACCAUGGCUAUGUGGUCUCAAGGAAGACUGGCUCCAUCGGCCCAUUGGAGCUCCGGAUCUUGGAGAGCGGCACGUUUAGGAAGAUACUGGAGUACUACAUUGGCAAUGGCGCGACCAUGAGCCAGUUCAAGACCCCCAGGUGCACCACCAACCAGGUGCUUCUGAAGAUCCUGGACCGGUGCACGGUCAAAAGCUUCAGGAGCACUGCCUAUGGGUGAGUAAGGUGGUCCUCUCUCUUCUAUGUAUCUCGGAGGAUGUAUCAUUAGGAGCAUAAUUAGCACGCUUAGUUGCUAGAAUUCUUAGCGCAUAUCGUGUCAUGCCACUGGCCUAGCUUAUUCAGAAUUUCAAAUGCUCAGGGCUAACCUUACCCGGCUGAGCCUAAGAGUACGUAGCAAGUCGAUCGCCAUGCACUCAUAACACGUACGUUCUGUUUUCCUUUUCGGGUGCAUCACUCAGAACACAUACUUGACUUACGCUAGAGAAGCAUGGGUUGCUUGUGCUCGUGAUUUAUGGAAUGCUACAAAAGCGGUUGCAUUCUGCUGUUUUUCUUAACUUUUUAAAUGAUGAAAUUGAUGUGCUUGGCUUC